AUAAAAAUGGUUUCACAUUGUUGUGUAUCUGAAUGUAAAGAAAGAUCUGCGAAAGGAGGACGAACAACUUUCCAUUACUUUCCAAAAGAUGAAACAAGAAGGAAAUUAUGGGAGAGUAAAAUAGGGCGAAAAAACUUUAAAGCUUCCGAUCAUAGUCGAAUUUGUUCGAAGCAUUUUUCUGAGGAUUGUUUUGAUAGGUUAAAAUUUGGAGCUACAUGGUUAAAACCAAAUGCUAUACCUACCAUAUUUAAUUUCCCUGCUCAAUCAAAGAAAGGAAACAAGAAAGGGAAGUCUAAAAUCAAAAUUGAAGUUACAGAAGAGAAAUUGCCAAUUGAAACAGAAUUUACAGGAGGAAAAUCUACUAUCAAAACAGAAAUUAUGGAAGAUGAAUCCCCAAUCAAAACAGAAGUUACAGAAGAGUCAUUCCCAAUCAUUACAGAAGGAGAAUUUCCAAUCAUUACAGAAGGAGCAUUUCCAAUAAUCACAGAAGGAGCAUUCCCAAUCAUAACAAAUGAUACACAAGGGGUGUUCCCACCCAUGACAAAUGGUACAGAAAGCGAAUCCCCAAUCAUAACAGAGGUUACUGGAGGGAAUUUUUCUAUCAAAACAGAAGUCACAGAAGAGUCAUUCCCAAUCAUAACAGAAGGAACAUACCCAAUCAUAAUAAAGGAUACACAAGGGGUAUUCCCAACCAUAACAAACAGUUCAAGAGUAUUCCCAACCAUAAUAAAUGGUUCAGGAGUAUUCCCAACCAUAAUAAAUGGUUCAGGAGUAUUCCCAAUCAUAACAGAAGUUAGAGGAGGGAAAUCCCUAAUCGGUCCAGAAGGGAUAAAUUCAUCUGAAAUAGUUGAUACUGAAGGAAAUGCUUAUAUGGAAGAAGAUUUAGAAAAAAGAAAAAGACAACAUUAUUUGGGAGAUUUCACCAUAGAGGACAUGAAUUCGCCAGAAAAGGCACGAAAAUUUUAUCGAGCUGCUCUGGAACGAAAUGAAGUGCAAAAUAAAAAACUGAAGUCCUUGAGGGAGGAUAUGAGAACACUUAAAAGACGAGUGACAAAGCUGCAAAGAAGUCUUUCAGAUGUUGCGAAGAAAUCUCCAAGUGCCAAAUCAAAGCUUUCAUUUCCUGGACCAAUGGCAUAAUCCCUAUAAAGAGUGGGGAAAAGAUUCAAAUGGACGAUAUCCACCAGAACUGCAUGCUUUUGCUUCAAUUCUAGUUUUAUUGCAACAUAGUGUAUGAUUACUUAAGAGCAGCAUUUUUUAAAUUCUUGAAUAAGCUGGUAUUUAGGUCUAUGGAGGUCCAGGCUUAACUCAAGAAGCUGCGUCAACUUUUCAAAAGAGGUUAUGAAGCUAAAGAAAAGAAUUUAAAUGUGACCUCAUCAUUGACUAAGUUGUAUUUAAAAGAUGUAUUGAAUAUGAUGUACAUACAUUUAACUGACACAUUGGCUUUAAAAUAGGAUGCAAUAAUUUUGGACUAUGGUAUCCUAAUCUCAGCCUGAAGAG